UAACUAUCACUCCAUUAACGCUUGUCGUUGGGUACGAGGUUCGCCCAUACAGGUUGUCGUUAGGCAACAAUAGGCGACGGCUCCAUGAUUGCCUUCUGUGUCUGUAUGUAUGUAUGUGCGUGCGUGUGUGUGUCUAUGCGCGUGUGUAGGCUGUAUGUAGGGUGUGCUGCUUGCUCCCCCCAGGUAUAUAACGUAUUGGAUCACGUAACCCUUUCCUCCUAGUAACUACUCACACACGAGAAUGGAGACCUACGUCACGCUGGCGAUCGUCCUUCUCUUUCUACACACCUUGAUCGAGGGCGGUGAGAGCAUCCAGUGUUACGACUGCAACAGCGUCACGGACCCGGCGUGCACGGAAAACUACGAUCACGGACGCGAUGCUCUCGAACCGAUGGACUGUGGUGGGCUCAACGGUGCCACCUACUGCAUUAAGACGAUCGGCAUUUACGGAGGUCAGAUCGGCACUCGGCGAUUCUGCAGCUCUCGCGACAUGGGCAGCUACUGCCAGUACGUGAAGUUCGUCGACGACGACCGGCGCCACCGCGCCUGCAUCUACACAUGCGCGAGGGACGACUGCAAUGGCGCCACCUACCUGCGACUCUCGUCCCUGGUGGUCGUCACCGCGUUCGCCGCCGCGCUGCGAUCGACGUUCUGCUGAGGCCGCGAGGGAUGGGACGCGCCGCCAUCUUGUUUGUGUCGACCUCGCGCGGGAAUUUUUUUUGCGCAGGUUCUCUCUUCGGGUGCGACGCGUGAAAAUUGGAGCGUUGCGAGGUGUCGUCCCCGCGCGGGCAUCUCACCAGAGGGCUCGUCAGGGAUCCGGAUACGAACGUCGAUGUUGGGCGGAUGGAACCAAGAGAGGUCAAAGUUCACCCACGCAGCCGCGGCAAUCUCGGGACGUUUCCCGUCGUGAAUUUCCCAGACGGCGAUUUUUAUCUCUCGGUAGCAGUCGAUUCGACGUUUUGAUCCUUUCGCAGAGGUGCGACCGAAUAGCAGGACGUUUCGUGUGUUGGCCACCGGGUGGCGGCAACGACCGAAUGCUCGCGACGAGAAAAUCACGAGGCGAAAGCCGGUUUCGCUGCCAGAAGAGAUUUUAUAUCUAUUAUGAGCUUGUUACAGUAGAAUCGGGAGCGAACGAAACAAACGAUGUGUUUUUAUUUGCUCCUGAUAGCAUGUAUAUUUUACAUAUAUGUGUGUGCGUGCGCGGCAGUGUAGUUAAGGUGGUGUUGGCACUAAUGUAGGUAAGUGAGCACUGGCGGUGUCGUGAAACAUCUGACUGGUGCGACGGUGGCGUCUUGCCGUAAACUAACAAUUCAGCUUUGUUUAGCUAGUAUCUUUUUACAGCGGUGGUUUUAGGGGCAGUUAGGUGGUUACGCGCACGGGUACUCAGAACCAUAUUAUUACGUCCAUUUGUUAACCGUCCACAUGGAGUAUAUCCUUCCUCUACCGAUGAUCAGUUCACCAUUAUCUUAAUAAAUAGAUAUAAUACAUAUAUAAUAUCAAGUGCUAAUAAUACAUGUGUAAUGAUCCGUGUUAUAUUAGCUCUUGAUGGGAUGCCACAGGAAGGCCAACAGCUCACAGUUAUUUCAGAAAUGUCCGUUUGCCGACCAUUCUUUGCCGGUAGAUGGCGCCCCUGGAUGGGUGUGUCGAGGAGUGUUGGCAUGUGCGGGUGACUGGUGAAUGUGUGAAGGUUGACACUCUGGCUCGUCCGAUAUAUUUGAAUCUCACGCUAUUGUCAUGGUCUGACAAACCGCAGCCUGUAUUCGCGGAAAGUUUUAUAUGACGAAUUUGUCGGUCAUCAUUUCACUAAUUGUACAUACACAUAUAUAUAGCAGAGUGGAAAUAGAUUUUUAAACCAUUUUUCACAAA